CAGUGAAAGAAAAUCUGUAACUUUGCUUGCUUCUAAAGAAACUUGUGUGAACCAGCAUGCAUGCUUUUUUUACCCCUGACAAUGACAAGCAGGGUAGGAGCAAGAAAUAUGAGGCACACAGAGGUGUGAAAGAUGUCUCUCCAGACAGACACAAUGAAACCGGAAGGAGAGAAAUCGAGAGAAGCUGAAGAUGAGAAAGGAGUGACUUCAGGAAGAGAAGAGGUGCAUCAGAAGAUGGGGAUGAAGAGGAAACAUGAGGAGGAGGAAGAUGAAGCAGAGACUUCACCCACAAAGAAGCUGGUGGCUGAUCACGGUGUGAAGGUGGCUAGCCACUACAACAAGCUGCAAGAAGUUGGUCUGGCUGCUCGAAGUCAAAGCAGAAUCUUCUUCAUGAGGAACUUUAACAACUGGCUGAAGAGUGUCCUGAUCGGUGAGAUCCUUGAACAGAUACGGGAUUCGGGACACAAGCAGGUAUCUGUGUUGGACCUUGGCUGUGGUAAAGGAGGAGACCUACUGAAGUGGAGAAGAGGAGGGAUCAGUCAUCUGGUCUGUGCAGAUAUAGCAGGAGUGUCAGUGGAGCAGUGCCAGAGUCGUUAUGAGGAGAUGAAAAGGAAAAGUCACGCUAACGAGAAAAUCUUCAGCGCCCAGUUUAUUACAGCAGACUGUUCAAAGGAGGAUUUGUCAGAGAAGCUGGAUAAUGCGGAGCUCAUGUUUGACAUCUGCAGCUGUCAGUUUGUGUAUCAUUACUCAUUUGAGAGCGAGCAGAAGGCAGACAUGAUGCUGAGGAAUGCCUGUGAGCGUUUGAAACCUGGAGGCUUCUUCAUUGGAACAACUCCAGACGCCUAUGAGCUUGUUAAACGUCUGGAGGCGUCGGACUCUCUGUCGUUUGGUAAUGAGGUCUUCAAUGUUUCCUUUCAGUCCAAAGGUUCUUAUCCUCUGUUUGGAUGUCAAUAUCACUUCAGCCUUGAGGGCGUUGUUGAUGUUCCUGAGUUUCUUGUCUACUUUCCUCUUUUUGAACACAUGGCAAAGCGUUACAAUAUGCGCCUGGUGCUGAAGCAAAGGUUUUCCGAGUUCUUCGAGGAGAAAGUGAAGAAGGAGCAUCAUCGUAGCCUCAUGAUGAAGAUGAUGGCUCUGGAGCCGUUUCCUUGUGACGAUGGAGGUCGACAGUCUUCUGACAGCAAAGAAGAAUACUCCCAUGCUAAACAGCACUGCGACAGAACCAGAGUGAGACCACCAGUGGGAACCCUGAGCAAAUCUGAGUGGGAGGCAACCAGUGUCUACUUGGUGUUCGUCUUUCAGAAGAUGUCCUGAUGCUGAAAACAAAUUCUUCCUUCUUAGUGAAAUCCAAUUCUACUCACCUCACCUGGUCUCCAGCUUGUUUGUACAGUAUUCUGUUGUCUUUUUAAGUUUUUUCCCAUGAACUAUGAACUGUAACUGUUUUAGGGUUGUUGGAUAAAUUAAUUCAAUCUAUAACUAAACUCACUGGUGUUUGUCUUUUUAUCAGAAUCAUCAGAAACUGUGGGUCAGAGUACUGAAAAAUGAUAAUGGGCAAAUCAUAUAUUUUUUGUAGGGUCCUUAGAAGUUUGUAACCUGACUCUGUAGAUUGCUUGGGGAGGUUGCCACCCUACUUGAUGAAAAACUUAAAGAAUUAGCAAAUGGCAUUUUUAAAUCAUGUUUGGAGGAUAACAAAAGAUACAAUAUACACACUGUUUUAGAGGCACGUGUAGAAGUGGAUGUGCUCAUUUCACAGAGACCAGGGCUGGACUGGGGUAAAUAAUAAAUACAUAAAAAUGACUGGGAAAUUUGUU